AUGUCAUGCAGUCUGAAGCGGAAGCUGGAAGAGUCAGAUGAGGAGAGAGAGGAUGAAGGUAUGGACAGAAAACACCUCUCUGUCCCAUCUGGCCCAACAAAACCGACAGCUGUCCACCAAGCUACGUACUCCCUGCAGAGACAAAAAGUCUUUAACUUGUCUUUGCUGAAGCUGUGUAGCACGCCAGCGCUGACCGAUCCCGGUCUGGAGCGUAGAGUCCUCAUCACCAACACCCUGCGUCUCCUCCAGGAGGAGUUCAAACAAGAGGGGGAGGCCCUUUCACCUCCCUUAAACACCCCACCCAGCGUCACACUUCCACAUUUGCCAGAGGAGGGUAGGGAGCCGCCCUCGGGGUUUGGAAACUCACCUUUCUCCACUCCGGAGGCGAGUUUGACGCCUGCGUACGUUUUGGAAGAGGACGGACACGUCCUUCUCACUCUGCAGUCCUCGGGUGGCGCGAACCAACCUCAUUCAACGUCAAGACCUCAGAACUCUUCGGUCGUGUCCAGGGACAGUUUCUCGGCCGCCCUCUCCGAGAUAGAGGGUCUGUGUCCGGUUGCCAUGACGAUGAUGAAUUCGUCCCCUCCUCUUUCUUCCGCCGCUACUUCCUCCCUUUCUCCCCCUCCGUUUUCUUCCCCCGGUUCGAGCGUUGGCGCGGACGAAAGCGCGGGGUCCUCGCCCUCGAACGCCGAAGGAUUCGUGGCGGAAUCCCCGUCGGAAUCCUCCUCAGAUUCUUCACCCCGUCUUUCCCUGACAGACCCCGCCCCUCUGAGCCACGACCCACCCACCUCAUCAGCGUGCCCCUCCCCUUUCCCCAAUCUGCUGACAGACCUGGCUUUUGACGACUUCCUCUUUUCAGACAUCGACGGCUUCACCUGCGACUUCAACCCCUGCGGCUCGCCCCUGGGGUCGGGCUCUGUGGUCUCUAUGGUAACGGAUGACCUCGUGAGGACGCUGUCGGUUUACGGUGGCGGGGGUAACGCCCCGGGCCCUUUACCCUCUAACCAGUCCUUUAAAAUGGACCUGAAUGAGCUGGACCACAUAAUGGAGGUGCUGGUGGGGUCCUAA